GAGUUUGUGUGUGUGUGUGUGUGUGUGUUUGUGUUUCCACGUGACUUCUUGUCCGGUGAUCACCCACAUCCACGCGGGGCUUCCGCAAAGUUAAAGAUCCGCUCGCGUCUUGUCAUCGAGAGCGAAAGUACGGAGGGUCCGUCAGUGAGUCAGCGAGGAGUCACGUGCUCGUUUGCAGGGGAGGACCGGUCCGUCCGACGGUGUCCUGCGCUGCUGCUGAGCUCGGGUUCGAGUCUGUAGCUCGGGGGUGGACAGCAACUGUGACAGUUGCACACUAAGACUAAGUGUCAUGUCUUCAUAACUACACAAUAAAAAAGGAAAGAUGGAGGACAUGGACCCUGAAGAGCAGUUUCUUUAUGAUGCCAGGAAUGGGAACCUCCCUGGCAUUCAGAGUCUCUUGCUGUCCAGGGCAAAGGAGGAAUCCAAAAUUAACAUCAACUGCAAAGGGAAAAGCAAGUCCAACCUGGGAUGGACACCUCUGCACUUGGCAUGUUACUUUGGGCACCGGGAUGUGGUGGAAGAGCUCCUGAAGGCCGGAGCGGAUGUGAACCUGCCCAACAACGUGGGGGACACAGGUCUGCAUAAGGCUGCCUUUACUGGGAGAAAGGAAGUUGUGAUGUUGCUGUUACAAUUCAAUGCAUGCGCCACCGUAAUUAAUGGGACCGCUCAGAUACCAAAAGAUGUUACAGAAGAUGAUGAAAUAAAAACUAUGCUGGAAGCUGCAGAAAGAACAGAGGAGAGGAAGUUGGAGGAGAAGCUUCUGGAAGCAGCGCGGGAAGGCGAUGCCAGCACUUUGACCCAGCUGCUCAACAGAAAAAAGCCCCCAGAUCUGGGUUGCAAAGACUUGCUGGGCAACACGCCUUUGCACUGCGCCGCAUACCGGGGCCAGAGGCUCUGUGCCCUCAAGUUGCUGCGGAGCGGGGCCAGCCCCUAUGCCAGGAACAAGAAUGAUCAGACCGUGUUUGACCUUGCCAGUGAUGCAGAGAUGAAGCAGAUUCUUGAAUGCAGUGCACUGAAGGGUGUAUCUCGGACUGUGCAGACAUUUGAAGGUCCGCUUUGGAAGAGUUCUCGCUUUUUCGGAUGGCGGUUAUACUGGGUUGUCCUCCAGGAUGGUGUUCUCUCCUGGUACUCAAAUCAGUCGGAUGCAGGUGUCAGUGCCCGAAGGCAGGGGUGCAAGCCUUUGACCCAAGCUCAUUGCAUGAUCAAAGCACGGGACAGCUGCUUUUUCACGCUUAAGUGCUUUGACGACAGCGUUCAUCACUUUAAGGUGUCACCCAAGAAUGCGCCUGAAGUGACAAGACAAAAGUGGCUGGAUGCACUGGAGGAACAUGCAGCCUACAGCACUCACUACUGCUCUCAGGAGCAGGGCAGCGAGGAGGACGAGGAGGAUGCGAUUUGCCUGGGGGAGCUAAGUGAGUCACUUCAGACUGCGGAGGCCUGUCAGCAAAAACUGGAGACAGAGGUGACUGCCCUCCUGGCCAUGGUGAAGAGAGAUGAGCUGACUGGCCAGCUGCCUUCUCCGGCACUCCAGAAGCUGAGGGAAACAUGUGAGCUGUCCAGCGAGGCGUGUACCACACUCCGUCAAUGUUUUGCUCUUUUCUCUCGCCAGGAAGGGGUACGGAGCUUGAAGCUGGAGCACGAGGUGGAGAAGAACAAGAUCCUCUCCGAGGCCCUGCAGACCCUUGCAACCGAGCACCACGAACUGGAGCAGUCAAUCGUGAAGGGCUCCCCACCCCAGUGCGCACUCAGCGAGGAUGAGUUCUAUGAUGCCGUCUCUGCAGAGUCUGAUUCGGAGCACUCCGUGAGCGGGUUCGAAACUGUGACCACUCACUCCUGCGAAGAGGAGUCCAUCCAGUUCAUCAGCGGUCGCAGCAGCCCUGUCAGCAUGUCGCAGGGGGAGGAGAGCCGCUCCCUUCCAGAGGUCCAGUCCAACGGGAUCGGGAAGCACAGGACAAGCCUCCCAGCUCCUAUGUUCUCAAGGAAUGACUUCAGCAUUUGGAGCAUCCUAAAGAAAUGCAUUGGAAUGGAGCUCUCCAAGAUCACCAUGCCAGUCAUCUUCAAUGAGCCCCUCAGCUUUCUGCAGCGCCUCACUGAGUACAUGGAGCACACGUACCUCCUCCAUCAAGCUAACAGCUCCUCUGACUCCAUGGAGAGGAUGAAGUGCGUGGCUGCCUUUGCUGUAUCUGCUGUGGCCUCGCAGUGGGAGAGGACAGGCAAGCCCUUCAAUCCGCUGUUGGGGGAGACCUACGAGCUGGUCAGGGAGGACUUGGGUUUCCGGCUGGUUUCGGAGCAGGUCAGCCAUCACCCCCCAGUGAGUGCCUUCCAUGCUGAGGGCCUGAAGGCUGACUUUGUGUUCCAUGGUUCCAUCUACCCCAAGCUCAAGUUCUGGGGCAAGAGUGUAGAAGCUGAGCCCAAAGGGACCAUAACGCUAGAGCUGCCCAGGUACAAUGAAGCGUACACAUGGACAAACCCUACCUGCUGUGUUCACAACAUCAUAGUGGGCCAGCUGUGGAUUGAACAGUACGGCAACGUGGAGAUAAUCAACCACAAAACGGGGGAAAGAUGCUGUUUGAAUUUCAAACCAUGCGGUCUUUUCGGAAAAGAAUUGCACAAAGUCGAGGGCUACAUUUUUGAUAAGAGCAAAAAAAAGGUCUGUGCACUUUAUGGCAAGUGGACCGAGUGCAUGUACAUCGUGGACCCCGCAACCUUCGAUGCCCACAAGAAGAACGACAGGAAGAACACAGAGGAAAAGAAAGGCAACAAACAAGGCACUGAGGAGCCUGAGGAAAUGCCCCUUCCAGAUGCUGAGACAGUGCUGAUGAUCCCAGGCAGCCAGUUACUGUGGAGGAUAGCCCCCAGGCCGGAGAACUCUGCCCAGAUGUACAGUUUCACCUCCUUUGCCAUGCAGCUCAAUGAGUUGGAUAAGGAGAUGGAGGCCGUCAUACCCAAGACAGAUUCCCGAUUAAGACCAGAUAUCCGGGCAAUGGAGAAUGGAGAUAUAGAUCUGGCCAGCGAAGAGAAGAAGAGGUUGGAAGAGAAGCAACGGGCGACUCGCAAAAUGCGCUCAAGGUCCGAUGAGGAGUGGAAGACCAGAAACCCUGCUCUCGGCCCCAGGUGGUUCCACCAGGGACCCAACCCACACAACGGCUCCCAGGACUGGCUAUACUCUGGCGGAUACUGGGACAGGAACUACUCUCAGCUGCCUGAUAUUUAUUAAUCGCCGUUGGCCCUGAAGUGGAAACUCUCAGCUUAAAGCAAUUCACUUGUAUUUUUUUUUUUUUUUUUUGAUUUUGGUGUCCUUGUUGUGGUUGUUGUUUUUGUUGCUGCUGUUUACUGCCGUUUUGUAGGACUCUCACAUUUUUUCCAGGACUGGCCUUUACACAUGAAUAACAUUGCACCAAUUGUACUUUUUUUAAUGUGUGUCCUACUUUGACAUGUAUUGAAGAAAUAUAUUUUGUUUUAUAUGUAAACUUUUUCCCCACAAUACUAUUUUCUCAUGUGGGUACCAAUGUCAGAGCAUCUAAUGUGUGGACUAUGAAUAGCCUCAUUUUUUUCUGAUCCCAGGGGAGAACCAUACCUGGCCCAUUACAAAAAUAAUUAUGCACAUUGACAUUGUUUAUUGCUUCUUUAUGCCUUUAUAAUUGGCUACCCAGUUUUUAAUACUUUGCACUAUGUUGUCUUAAGUUUUCUGUUCUGUUAACACAGUUUCUUGAGGUAAAUGAUCUUUUGUGUUUUGUUUCUUUCCUCAGGACUUUAUAUUGUUUCUGGUAACCUGUCUAAGAAAGUGUACAGCUGUUUUAUGUAAAGAAUAUUAUUUUAUGCAUUACUGUCUCAGCUAAAUGAAGUAUAUAUUUAAUCGGAUGUCACCGGUGAGCUUGUACACACAGGUAACUUGUUCAGAAGAUGCACAUUUGUCGUAUUCAUGAGGUGGGACACUUGGGUUGAGUUGGCUGGAGAACCUUUUUUUUUUUUUUUUUUCCUGCACAUCAGUUGCCCACGUAAUACCUUUAUGCUGGACAAGAUUUCCACUAACAUGGUGCUCUGAAUGUGAGAAUGCACCCAGCCGUUUGUUCCCAUUUCGCUGUCUGCUUGGUCACAGCAGUGACGGGCAGUGGUGGUGGGGCCUUAGGCGUGCUCUCACCUCAGUGAUCUUCUCAGGACAUACAUUCAGCAGCAUUCAGUCCAAGGCAAUACUAGUGAUGGAAUGAACGUCUCAGUAUUUCAGGAAUUUCGCUUUCUGAAGUGUGUCGCUAAAGUCCACCUUGUGUGGUUAAUAUUAAAAGAGGCUUUAGUCUAACCGUUGGGCAAUUGACCAGGAAGAGAAUGAAAAUUGCGAUUGUCUGCUGGAAGAGUCACGUGUUGGGUUUUCCCCCCCCCCCCCCCCUCUUCUUUUGGCGGACUAAACCGGGAUGUGCAAGAAUGUGACUCCAGGAAUCUGGGAAACUUUUUCAUUCUUCAUACCUUAUUCGUCAAAGUGUGAACAGCAGCGCGUUCAACUCGCAGCGAUUAUGCACAGCAAGGAGAGAGACUUUGGACUGAACGCACGGCAGCGUCUUCGCCGGGUCACACUAGCAUUCCUCUACCCUGUGUGACCAUACUUUAAAGCUAGUCCUCGUGGACAUUUUCAGCGUAUUGUGCUGAAGCAGAUGAGCCCAAGUGCUCUUUAACGAUGUGGUUUUAUCUAGUGUUGAACUUUUGUGUAUACUGACCUGAAUACAGAAUUUCUAAUGCUGCUAAAUAAAGGCAUAUAAUUAU